UACUUUAGUCGGAGUAUAUAAAAGAGGUGAGGUACAUGUCUAGAGGGCUCAGAGAACCACAAAGACUCAAACAGAAUCAAAGCUUUUUCACACUGGUUCAGGGCCAACCAACAGGUACAGUUGCAUUCUUACACAGCACUGACCAUGUGGACUUUGAUACUUGUACUGGUUGCUACUGGAUCGCCAACUCUACUUCAAGCAGCACCAGCUCAGGGAAACGGUGGAAGAUGCAGCUUUGCUAGUGUUUUCUAUGUGGAAGGGACCAGCCAUUAUUCUCUGACUUUCCAGCAGGCUUUGGAAUUGUGUCAGAAUUCAGGCUAUAAACUGGCAACAGUGGAGCAGGUCACUGAAGCUUUUAAAAAUGGCUUGAGAACAUGCAGAUAUGGCUGGAUUGAUGGCCAGAAAGUCACGUUCCUUCCACAUAUCAAUGAUCCAAACUGUGAAUCCAGUUCUACUGAGGUAACCUUCCAUGCUGAAGAGUCAGAAUAUCUUUCUGAUGUCUACUGCUUUAACCCAUCAGAUUCAUUUGAUCAAAACUGUGAAGAUUCCAUUAAGUCCGAACCUGAGACAUAUACCAAUGGAAACACAGUCACAACAAACAGAAAACCAAAUGACGACAUUCUUAAGGAGGCCGAGACAGAAGGCUUCCUAGUAGAUGAGGAAAAGAUAAUAAAAAUCGUAAAAAGAGAAACUUCACCUCGGAAUGAUGACGUAAUCCCCACCCCAGGUGGUUUAAACACAGAACAAAAUGUAGACUCAAAUCUUCAAACAGAGCGUGGUGGCACAACACCAUUUGAAGACCCUGAACUGGUCAGAAUAAACCUUAUGGGCUCUGAAGAUUUCUCCACUGCAAAAUCAGAUGAGGAACCGAUUGACAUGGAGGUCCCAAAAACAACUCAUAUGCAAAAUACCACUCAUAUACUUGGGGAAAACAGUGUGACACAGACAACUGUCCCUGAUAUAGCCAAUAUGAACAUGAAACCUUAUACUCUUCCUUCCUUGGAGGAACCCACUAAAGAAACAGACACAGAAGACACCAAAGGUCCUACAAACAAGCCCCACUUUGGAAAGAGCUCAUUCUCUAUCAUCACCAAUUUCCUGCUCCCUGAGACAGAGGGCAGUGGAUCAGGAUCAGAUACUGGGAUACUGUCAAUAGAACCUGAGCUUACUCAUUUCACUACAAGGCCAGUUACUACAGAGGCAGCUGAUAAAGAAACCUUCCAAAACAAUAAUAAGGAGGUUCGUAAGGAUGCUCCAAAACAGGAUACCAAUUCAAAAGUCCCACCUAAAAGCCGAAAGCAUGAUGAUGUCCUUGGUCCAGAUUCACCUCCAACAUCAGCUGGUCAAGAGGGGGAAGGUACACCUACUUGGCUGAUAAUCUUUGCAUUCUGUGUGGUUGUUGGAGCCAUACUGUGCCUAUUUGCUGCUAUUGCCACAAAAGACAUGUGGUACGGACCAAGACAGAGCAAAAACAUCACGUCUGAAGAGUACAGUAAAGCAGCAACACUGCCACUUUCAGAGAAAGAGCAGGAGAUGGUGACAUUGAUGAGCGUUGGGAAUCUGAAGAAUGAUACCAAGGAGGACAUUACAGUUACCUGUGUGGAUGAGCAUGAGAGAGAAUAUUUGAUGCAGCACAAGUGAGGCUAAAAAGUGGAAAUAUUAUGGACAUGAAAUGCCCAAGCUUUGACUGAAGCACUCAAAAUGCAUUGAAACCAAAUAUACUUUAUAAGAACUUUAGAUAGUGUAUUCUGAUUUUGUUAAACUCUGCUGCUCUGCUUAAUACACUGAUAUUAUGAUGAUUUUUAUUCUGCUCAGUCAGAUUUUUAGUGCAAUUUGCUUCCAUUAUGUUGCCACAGUAUCAUUUUCAGCCUUUUUUACAUUUCUUAUUUGAGGCCUGCUUUUUAAGGUAUUAUUUUUUUCAAUAGGACAUAAAUAAUGCUCCUCUCUUAUAGACAAAUGUUUAAGAAUGAUAUGGUGAGAAAAAAUGUUUGUACUGGUUGUCAACAUCCAUUCGUAAGUACUAUGUACUGUCUGUGUGAGAUAUGAUACACUUUUUGAAUGUAAGAAGAAGCUGCAAUAUUUUUAAGAAUCACAGAAAUAAUUUCCAAUCUUGUAAUGAAGCAAUUGUGAAUCUUUGCAUUUGAAAAAGGCAUUUAUUAAAGUACCCCUAAAGAUG